AUGCACGUAUUUUAUACUUUCUGUCAAUCGAUAUUAAUUUGCUGCUGUUGUUUAAGCAAUAGCUUUUUGUUCAAAAAUUUGAAUGCCGGCCAAAGCUACCUGUUCUACUUGUUUACGGUUUAUAAGGGUGUUCGAAGUCGUCCGGCACGUGCUACGUUUACAACAUAUCCAAAGAAAGUGAAGUUUUUACGUGCCGUCGUUAGACAGGCGUCAGUGAUGCUGAUGUGGGAACCGGACGGAGCUUCAGAUGUGAAAAACUCGUACAAGCUAACGAUGAGCACCAACGACGAGCUGCAGCCGCAAGAGUUCGUGAUUCACAGGCAUAAGAGUUUUGUAAUGCGACAUCUCCUUCCGGAGAAGUGGUACACGUUUUCCGUAGUGGUCGUGGUGGACGAGCAAGAGGGCGACUGCGAGUCGCUGACAGUAGUUACCGGUUACAAAAACGAACGAUUAGUCAGCGUCGACUUCGUGGAUGAACAGGCUGCCGGUAUAGAGUUCACCAACCGCAUAUUUACCGAUAGCAACGGCGUUGUUGAUCAGUACUUCGUCAUCGUCACUGAGGAUUACAAGCUGGACAAAUUUCUUUUCCGACUGCCGAAUUGGGUGAAAGUGCAUCAAGCACCCGUCACACCUCCUUACAUCACCAGUCCAAAAAAUUACAACCCGUUUCCGAAGUUUCAAGAAGGAUAUGCAAGAUUUAUCAUUGGUUCUGAAAGUUGCGACGAUAAUUGGGAUUACUGUAAUGGACCUCUGAAAUCGAAUCGCGUGUACUUCGUGAAAAUUAGAGCAUGCACAGUUUCUCUGGUUUGUAUGGAAAACGAAUACACGAAGUUAAUCGAAUCAGUGUUGGUAGUGGUCUUCGCCAAGGCUGCAUUAAGUUACCUCUCUUUUUCACAGAUUGAAAAGGUGUCUAACAUUUUUUUUACAAUGCACCCGAUGGCUCCGUCGAGCGGCAAUGCCGUCGUCUGUGGGCCAUUCCGUUUCCCUGUCCACUUUAGGAGGACGAAGUUUAGCGAAAGAGAGAAGAAGGGAUCGGACAAACGCUUCACUGAGGUUCAACUCAAGACGCUGCCAAACGAUUUGAAGAAGCGUUUGCUGAAAUUCUGA